AUGGCCUCUGGAGAUGCACCCUUAGAAUGCAUUGGGAUUGAGAAGAUUGGCUCGAAGCCAAAAUCUAAAAACUUUUACCCGUUCGCCUAUGCUCUACUCGACUCGACAAAAGAGAGCCAUUGUUGGAAUUGUUUAGCAGAAGAAGUGGCGCAAACUUGCGAUUCAUGCGAUGUAGCAAAGUUUUGUUCAAAGGAAUGCGAAAAAGCGGGAAAUCUGGACCACAAGUAUGAGUGCAAGGCUUUGAAAAAAUGUCCCGAUCUAAGUGUAGAAGAACGCAUGCUUAUUCGAAUUGUUGGACGUCACAAGGAUAUCACCAAUGGAAACGACAAAAAUAUUCCAGAUUUUUACAAAAAUCGCGAAAGUGAGCGAAAAGUAAUGGAGAUUUGGGAGCAUUGUAGUGAAAUGAAGAAUGACGAACAUGCGAUGAAAAUAUUCAAUAACAUUUAUAACAACAUUGUGCAGGCUUGUGAGCCCGAAUACCUAAUGGAUAAAGAAACAGUGUUCCAAUUACACUGCAGAAAUUACAUCAAUCGGCACAGUAUAUCGAAUCGCGAUUAUUUGAAAGAAAUUGCGAAAGGGCUAUAUCUUGAUUUAUGUCGAUAUGAUCAUUCUUGCCGUCCAAACGCGAUUUAUAGCUGUGACGGUAUUGUGUCAACAUUAAGAGCUCUUCACGACAAUGUGGAUAUUGAUAAUAUUCAGACAACACAUUACACUUAUAUCGAGCUUCCCCCAUGCAAAAUCCAGCGAAAGCAUAUGCUUCGAGAAACGUGGUAUUUUGAUUGUCAUUGCGAGAGAUGCGACGAUCCGGUGGAUAAUUGGCUGACUAGUGUGAUUUGCCCAAAAUGUCUAGUAUCGCGAAACACCAAGAAAACAUUGAAAAUUCACGGCCAAGAGGCGUACGCGAAUAUUGAAACAAUGGCUAUCGUAUGCAACGAUUGUAAUUCAACUCUUGAACGGGAAUAUGUGUUUGCCGCUCUUGAAGGAAUGCGAAUGAUUCGUCAGAUUUUAGAUACAUCUCCUGAAAUUACUAGCGAUCCAACUGAGUUGAUAAAGAUCUACCAAGGUGCCCUCAUUAAUUAUGAGAACAUUCUUCCAAUGUCGAAUUCAUAUUUCUGUCAACUCAUUGCGGCGAUGAUCCCGUUGGUCCAGCGUGCCAGUAUGACACGAAAGGAGAAGUGUAUCGCGUCUCUCGAUUUGCACGCAAAAUGCGAGCCAUUUGUGAGAUACGUGUAUCGUUACGCGCAUCCUUCAAAAGCGAUGCACUUCUUCCAAAUGGGCCAAUUGAGCUUGGAGCUCGGGCAAGGAAAAGAGGCCGCUCGAUAUCUGAUUGAAGCGCAUAGGAUAAUGGAAUAUUUAUUUGGUCCAAAUCAUUUCCUCGCAUCGCAAACCAAGUUUUAUAUGGAUAACGCAAUGUCGAGAUUGUUGGCUUUCCAAAAACAUUUUGUCAAUGUCAUCAAUAAAAUUCCAGGGGUUGAGGAGCGUGUUCAGGAGAUGGUGAUGACUGAGGAAGAGAAGAAAGCUUUGCAACCAGCGAAGAAGAACAAGAAAAAUAAGAAGAAGAAAAACAAAAAUGUGCAGAAGUCUGUUGAAAAGUCCGACUUGGAUGAUCUUCCGGAACUUAUCGCUGACCUGUGA